AUGUGGAUCUAUAAGGGGGUCAAGUAUUUAUGCAGAAACAAGCAGCGAGACCUUAAGGAAGGGGAGGUACCCAAGUAUGAUAGCAAUAAUAAACCCAUCUCAAUUACUUACUUUCAAGAUGGUUGGGACUGGUUGCUUAAGACGCUGACGAUUAUAUCGAAUCUACUGGCCGGCGGGUCAAUAGGAUUAUUUGGCUGGCUCUUGUCCCAGUUGGCGGAUUCCCUGUUUGACUCCGAAGGGAAUUGGAAGAUUUGGAUUGUUUACAUGGCAUUAGAUUGUGUUUUACUUGGUGUGAUGUUGACUCUCGGUACAUACUUUGCCGAGUGGUCUGCUGAAAGACAGUUGUUGAAGAUCAGGCAAAGAUUUUUGAAAGAGGUCAUGCGUCAGGACAUCUCAUAUUUUGAUGGUUACGAUGCCACUGCUCUGGCUUCCAAGUUGAUGAUGAAUACUCGGCUAGUCCGAGACCUCAUUGGCAUUCGCACAUCAAUGGCUUACAUGUACAUCGGCGUGAUCACCGCGUUGAUUCGGAUCGCUUUUCAAAACCAGGCUGGUGUUGCCGGAGUGUCCCUGUGCGUACUUCCCGUUAUUGUCCUCUCGGGCUGGUGGGCUGGCAGGAUCGAGUACAAUGCAUCACUCAAGGUGAAGGAAUCAAAUGAAACCGCCAACAGCGUCGCACUUGAGGCCUUAAGCAACAUGAGGACGGUGAAGGCCUUCAACAUGCAGGACGUGAUGAAGGCGAGGUAUGGCGUCUGUGCAGACACUGCGGAAACCGAAGUCAACAAGGCUUCUGUCAAGACCGGGUUCGGCUACGGCAUCUACUGGCUCUGCAUUUUUUGUUCGAGCGCGUUCGGGUACUGGUACGGCUCGUACGUGCUGUACAACGCGUCUAUGAAGUUUUGUCCCGAUAUUGAAAUUUGCGAGAGUCCAGGUUCAAUGAUUGGCGCAUACAUAUCGGUGAUCGUGGCGGCCUUUUACAUCGGCAAAGUCAUUCCCUGGCUUGCAGACGUGCAGCAAGGCAACUUGGCUGUCCGGGAGACGGUCGCACUAUACGACCGGCACAGUCUGGUGGACCCGUACAACCCCGACGGCAUUACCGACCUGUCGAACGUCCAGGGGGAAAUAAAGCUGGAGAACGUCGCCUUCUCCUAUCCGACGCGCUCCGACGUACCGGUGUUCUCGCGGCUGAACCUCACGAUACCCGCGGGGAAAAGUAUAGCGCUAGUUGGAGCCUCUGGCUGCGGCAAGUCCACCGUGAUUCAGCUCGUCAUGAGGUUCUACGAUCCGCAGUCCGGGUCGGUGACGCUGGACGGUCGCCUGCUCACUGACUACAACGUGAAAGCACUGAGGGAGGCCAUUGCCUGGGUUAGCCAGGAGCCGAAGCUAUUUGCGUUGUCCAUUGCCGAAAAUAUCGCGAUUGGGAAGCCCGAUGCGACUCGCGAAGAGAUCGAGGAAGUCGCGAGAAAAGCCAAUGCACACGAGUUCAUCUCGGCAUUACCGGAGGGGUACGAUACGUGGGUCGGUGACGGUGGCAAUCAGCUGUCAGGUGGUCAGAAACAGCGGGUGGCCAUCGCUAGAGCCUUGAUCAAGAGACCCAAAAUCCUCAUCUUGGACGAGGCUACAAGUGCUCUGGAUAACAAGUCGGAGCAGAUGGUCCAGGAAACGCUCGACGACAUUGUUGGCAAGUCCCAGAUUACGACUAUCAUCAUUGCACACAGGCUGACGACCAUCCGCAACGCAGAUGUCAUUGCCGUGCUGAACAACCCCACGGACAGACAUAGCAACUCCGGUGAUGGUGGCGGACAGGAGCUGGAAGAGAUGACUGGGAGCUCUGUGGUGGAACUUGGGACCCAUGAAGAGCUAAGCAAAAUACCGGAUGGCAUUUAUGCCGCCUUGGUCGCUAUCCAAACAGAGGGGCCUACUGAAGAGGAUGAAAAGGACCGGGCCUUGCAAGCCUCCGGAGAAGAAGGAGUGUAUGAGGCAGCCGAUUACAGCCCACGGGAUUCGGCAAUACUGGUGGGUGGCACUCUGUCGAGACAGAUGAGUAAGCAGAACAGCAAGCAAUACCGUCAGAACAGCAAGCUACGUCAGAACAGCAAGAACAGCAGGACGGGUGGCAGCUUCGAAAUGCGGACGCAGUUGAGCAAACAGCUCGGUGACGUCGCGCGUCAAGAGAGUUUGGUCUUUACUGCCGGCUACCAGCCCCCGCGUUUGUUCCGACGCACUGCAGCCCCGAUUAAGUCCAAGAUGGUGCAGCACAUUCUGGGCGUCGUGUGCUACGUUGUUUACCAAUGCAUCUGGCCGGUUUACGGAGCGUUUUAUGGUACGUUUUUAAAGACGUUUGUGGAUGCGGCGAACCCGGACAGGCUCAAGCGAGAGUCCAGAAAGAAUACGAUCGUUAUGAUCUGCAUCGGCAUCUGCUCGUUUGUGGCUUUCUGGGGGCAACGCUGGUUCGUCUCGCAGAGUGGCCAGGCCGUGGUCCGCCAGGCCCGUGAAGGUGCUUUUGGUGGCAUUAUGAAGCAGGAGAUGGGUUUCUUCGACCAGCCGCAUAGGUCCCCUGCGCGAUUGGGCCACAUCUUGGGAGCGGACACAUUCCUUUUGGGAGAGUGGACUUCAGGCAACACCACAAUGUGGUUAGGCGUCGGCGCGAGUUUGAUUCUCGGCCUGGUCCUGUGUUUGCAGGCGAACGCGAAGCUGGGGGGAGUGGCACUCGCUAUCGUGGCGGCUCUUGUCCCGAUUACGUACGUGGCGAGCACUCUUGUGACCUCGGGGGGGAGCAUCCGCCUGAAGAAAGGCGAGGACAAACUAAGCAGAACGUUGGGCGACAUGAGUGCUUACGUGACCAGCAUUAUCAUCAAUAUCAGGACGGUCACGGCGUACAACAUGCAGCCUCAGUGCGAGGCCGAGUUCGACGAGAUG